CAACGCUUUUUGCAUCUCAAACUCCACAUAUAUAUAUGGUAUCUCGAUCCUUCUGGUAUUCAAACAAACACAUAUUCUUCAUUAUUCGUCUCCGUUCUCCGGCGACUUAGGGUUUCCGUACAGUUCCUUUCACAGCACUUCAAUUUCAUCUUCAAUGUCUGCAUUUGGCAUAGCUUCUAAUUCCAAUCCAAACAAGUCAACCGAGGUUGUAUCACCUCCUUCAGAUAGUGUGUCUAGCCUGUCGUUCAGCCCGAAGGCGAAUUAUCUUGUUGCUACCUCAUGGGAUAAUCAGGUGAGAUGUUGGGAGAUAACUAAAAGUGGAACUACUGUUGGCUCUGUGGGGAAGGCUUCGAUUGCGCAUGACCAACCGGUUUUGUGUUCGGCUUGGAAGGAUGAUGGAACGACAGUUUUCUCUGGUGGCUGUGACAAACAAGUGAAGAUGUGGCCGUUACUGUCGGGUGGCCAGCCGGUAACUGUUGCUAUGCAUGAUGCUCCUGUCAAGGAAGUGGCUUGGAUUCCAGAGAUGAACCUUUUGGUUUCAGGAAGUUGGGAUAAGACUCUAAGAUACUGGGACCUGAGGCAAGCAAAUCCAGUUCACACUCAGCAACUUCCUGAACGCUGUUAUGCGCUUACAGUCAGACAUCCCCUGAUGGUCGUUGGUACUGCAGAUAGAAAUCUUAUAGUAUUCAAUCUGCAAAAUCCCCAGACUGAAUUUAAGAGAAUCACUUCUCCACUCAAGUACCAAACUAGGUGUGUUGCUGCGUUUCCAGAUCAGCAAGGUUUUUUGGUUGGAUCGAUCGAAGGGAGAGUCGGUGUGCAUCAUCUUGAUGAUCAACAACAAAGUAAAAACUUCACUUUUAAAUGUCACAGAGAAGGAAAUGAUAUAUACUCAGUCAAUUCUCUCAACUUUCAUCCCGUCCAUCACACAUUUGCAACUGCUGGAUCUGAUGGUGCUUUUAACUUCUGGGACAAAGAUAGCAAACAAAGACUUAAGGCAAUGUCAAGAUGCAAUCAACCCAUACCUUGCAGCAGCUUCAACAACGAUGGCUCCAUAUAUGCUUACGCGGUGUGCUAUGAUUGGAGCAAGGGUGCAGAAAAUCAUAAUCCAGCAACAGCAAAGACUUGUAUCUACUUGCACUUGCCUCAGGAAUCUGAGGUUAAAGGCAAACCUCGGAUCGGAACCAGUGGAAGGAAGUGAAGACUUGGUGUUUCAUGCGUAUACGUUCUUGUACAUGAGAAGAUAUUAAUUUGUGUCAUCCUUUUCUCUUUCAUCAGUGAUUUAGUAGACCAAUUGGUUUGAGAGUGAUGUUUGACUUUUCUUUCUUAGAGAUGUUGACUUUUUUUCUAUUGAAUGGUUGGUAGUCUUUCUAUGCUUGUCAAUGUAAAACUGUGGGAAUUACCAUUAGUUCAAGGUUGCUGCUCGAA